UUCGCCUCAGAGUCGGUUGCAUUAUAAAACUCCAUUUCCUUUCAUCAAACAGGUGGUGCCCAUCCAUUUCUCGAUUCUUAUUGGCCGAACCCACCUUAAUAAAACAUUUAAAUUCUUAGUCUCAAUGAAAGUCUCCGCAGCUGCCCCUUCGCCUUCCUCGGUGGACUUAGACAGACAACCCCUUCAUUAGUUUCUUAGCAUAGAGUGCAACCAUAUGUAGUAUAUAAGGAUGACCUUAGCUAGUAUUCUUGAUUAUUCACUUCCAACCAUAUAUACAUAUAUAUCUGAUUGUGGUUAAGCUUAAGUAUGGCGGAAAUUACCGACCAAUCAUUUGAGGCCUUCCAAUCCCGCUGGUUAAUCGGUCAAGAGCAUCACCUUCAUGAUCUCCUUCAGGUCAUAGAAAGUGGGGACGAAGAAAACGAGCAACGGUGCAAGAACCUUAUCGACGACAAUAUAUCUCACUACAAACAAUACUUCGAAGCCAAGACCAGACUUGUUCGACAAGACGUAUUUCUAGUGCUAGCUCCAACAUGGAUAAGCUCACUCGAAAGAGCCCAUCUCUGGAUAGGUGGAUUCAGGCCGCGUUUGGCGUUUCUAAUCGUCAUCAACAAUGUGUUGGACUUGACAGAGGAUCAAACUCAGAGGAUUAACCAAGGACUGGAAGAGAUUAAGGAGGAGGAAAACGAACUCACCAACGAGUUCGAUAAAGUCCAGGAGAGGAUGAUAUCUUCAUCUGUGGUGCAAUUGGCUAGGCAAAUGGGAAGGCCGAGGAACGGGGUAUGGGAUCAUAGCAUGGAGACAGCAGUGGAUAUGCUGAGGGUGUCGAUUGAGGAUGUGGUGGAGUGUGCAGAUUUUUUGAGAAGGAAAAGUGGGAUAAUAAUAUUGGAGAUAUUGAAUCCGACUCAGUGUCUGAGGUUUCUGGCAGCGGCGGCUAAGCUGCAGAUUAAUCUACGGAGGUUGGGGAUGCAAAGAGAUGAACGCAGACUCGGAUAUGGCUAUAGCUAAUCUCUGUCUACUUAUGAGAAAUUUAGCCAAGAAUGGUUUUCUUGUAUCAGCUUUUUGGUUUUUUGUUCUGUUCUUUGUUCUUUCUAUUAAACAGUUUUUUGUUAUGUUCU